AUGGCCGAGCUGCCCAAAUCGACCGUGGUAGUACCUUUGUACAUCUAUCCAUUGGACUCUGAAACUUGGGCUCCACUCUAUGCAGCGCAGGUCAUGAAUGGACGAAAGAGAAAAAAGACAUCAGGCAACACGCAACGGAAUAGGCAACAAAGCAAAGACCCAAUCAUUAAUGAUAACACCACCAGUAUCGAGUCGAACCCUGAACUUGAGUUUCUUCGGCCCUGGCGAUUCCCCCUUCCCGACGCCAAUUAUGCCCGAGAAGUUCCCCGAUUGAAUGGCUAUCCCAACGUGUACACCGUAGGCUAUAUCCGAAUCGACUACUGCAAGAAGCCCCACUCUGAGGCCUUUGCUGAGAUCGAACAAUACGCGGGAUGGUCGGCCCAAUAUGACUCGACUAAGUUGGGAGUGCGAGGGAUCUUUGUCGACGAGACUCCCAACCACUACUCAUUAGAUCGAGCGGAUUAUCUGAGAGAGCUAACUAAGUUCAUCAAGAAUACUCCAGGUAUUCUUGCCGAUCGAUUUGUGAUCCAUAACCCCGGGACCCCACCCGACGUGGUGAUUAGUGAAUCUGCCGAUAUGUUUUUUAUCAGCGAGGAGCCCUACCCGCGCUACCGAUCGGACGAGGUCCAGAAGUGGCUGGGGCGAUUCAAAUAUGACCGGAACCGCUCCGGUGUGAUGAUCAAUGAGGUCCCAUUGGAAGAUCUGGAGACACUGGUCCAUGAACUGCGCCACAAAGCUGCCUAUAUUUUUGUGACUGAAAUUGCUGGUGAUUUUUAUGAGCGCUUUGGUCCUCGCAGUUGGGAGGCCCUUAUGCAGGCUCUGCAGUGA